GAAGCGAAUAAGUGAGCCGACUGGGAAAACAUGGCGGCUUCCUUUUGUUGAUGAGGAUUUACUAAUGCAUUCUUAUAAUGGGGGAUUAAACAAACUCCUUUUAACUCCACAGAAUUCACCGUUUUUUGACAAAUUAACCGAACAAUAUGGAGAAGACCGGAAGCGUUGACAGUUUGGGCUCGAAGCAAUCCUCUUCUCGACAUCCGAGUGUUGAUUCGCUGUCCAGCUCUGAGCGUUCGACCCAGGUGAAACCUCCAUCCAUGAUGUCUGACAGUGCCACCUCAUCCGAGUUUUCCCCAGAGAUUCGGGUCAAGCCUAAAACUACUGCAAAGAAUUUCAGAGACUCUGAUAAAGAGGAACUCCAGUUGCUUCCUAAUGAAGUUGUGCAAGACACGGCGCAAGACGUCACCUAUUUCUGCCCUUUCACCGGUGCACUGUGUGGAAUUGUGACGGUUAGCAACUACAGGCUCUUCUUCAAAUGCACGGGCAGGGAGCCCUCUUUUGUUCUUGAUCUGCCUCUCGGUGUGGUGAGUCGCGUGGAGAAGAUUGGCGGUGCGUCAAGCCGUGGUGAUGUGUCUUAUGGGCUAGUCUGCAAGGAUAUGCGUAAUCUGCGAUUUGCACACAAGCAAAUGGAUGACACCCUCAAAAAGUCCAUUUUUGAAGUGUUGAUGAAAUUUGCGUUUCCCGUCUCUAACGGACUGCAAAUAUUUGCCUUUGAGUAUGGACAAGUUUUUCCUGAGAAUGGAUGGAAGGUGUAUGACGCAAUCUCUGAAUAUAAAAGACAGGGCAUCCCUAAUGAAAGUUGGAGGAUUACGAAGGUUAACGAUCACUACGAACUGUGCGACACUUACCCGUCAACGAUGGCCGUGCCGGUCAACAUUCCGGACGAGGAGCUAAAGAGAGUCGCGGCCUUCCGGGCAAAGGGAAGGAUACCUGUGCUCUCCUGGAUCCACCCCGAGAGUCAGGCGACCGUGACACGUUGCAGUCAGCCAAUGGUCGGGGUCAACGGGAAGCGAAGCAAAGAGGAUGAAAAAUACCUGCAGGCAAUCAUGGACGCCAACGCUCAGUCGCAUAAACUGUUCAUUUUCGACGCUAGACCCAGCGUCAACGCGGCUGCUAACAAGAUGAAAGGUGGCGGAUACGAAAGCGAGGACGCGUAUCAAAACGCAGAGUUGGUCUUCUUGGAUAUUCACAAUAUCCAUGUGAUGAGGGAGUCACUCCGGAAACUGAAGGAUAUUGUCUACCCCAACAUUGAGGAUUCUCACUGGCUUUCCAAUCUGGAGUCCACUCACUGGCUUGAGCACAUCAAGUUGAUCCUGGCGGGAGCCCUGCGUAUCGCGGACAAGGUCGAGUCAGGCAAAACCUCCGUGGUAGUGCACUGCAGCGACGGCUGGGACCGCACGGCGCAGCUCACCUCACUGGCCAUGCUUAUGCUGGACGGUUACUACCGCACCAUUCGUGGCUUCCAAGUCUUGCUGGAGAAAGAAUGGCUGAGCUUCGGGCACCGCUUUCAGUUGCGCGUCGGCCACGGUGAUAAGAAUCAUACUGAUGCAGAUCGCUCACCUGUUUUCAUUCAGUUUGUCGACUGUGUCUGGCAGUUGACACGCCAGUUCCCUGCAGCGUUUGAGUUCAAUGAAUACUUCCUGGUGACCAUCUUGGACCAUCUUUACAGCUGCUUGUUUGGGACAUUUCUAUGUAACAGCGAACAACAGAGGCUCAAAGAAGAGAUUCCAAAGAGGACUGUAUCCUUGUGGUCCUACAUUAACAGCCAGCUUGAGGAGUUCACCAAUCCAUUGUAUGUGAACUUCUCCAACCAUGUGCUAUUCCCUGUAGUUAGCUUACGCCACCUGGAGCUUUGGGUGGGCUACUACAUACGUUGGAACCCUCGCAUGAGGCCUCAGGAACCUGUUCAUCAGCGACACAAGGAACUGCUAGCGAAACGUGCCGAGCUGCAGAAGAGGGUAGACGAACUGCAGCGAGAGGUGACCAAUCGCUCGGCGUCGUCUUCCUCGGAACGAGCGGGCUCCCCGACGCGGUCCAUCACCCCAGUACAGACAUUUGUUUGACGACACCAUAGUAACACUCCACCUUCUUGCCUGUUUGAGUUUGACGUUCUUUUCCAAUUGGACUUGCAAGGAACCUGUAAAACUUGCCUGCUAAUCUCUUAGUUAAGCAAAGCGUACUUCCAAUGGACUUGUCAAUCAUAAAGUACUAAAAUGUUACCCUGGUAAGAUAUUAAUGCCCUAUACACUACACAAGUUAGCUUUCUGAAAAUCUGCUUAAGCUAAUGUAAAGGCAUGCUUUAGCUAAUGGGUAAUUUGACUGAAAAGUGGAGCUCAGAAUUUUUGACAUCAGGCUUAAUCUUCGAGUUAGUGGGGUUUAACUAGUCUGUGGAGUUGAUUUCAACAAAUUCCGUGUAGUUUGUUAUUUUCAGGGCUCUGGAGUGGUGAAGCUAGCGCAAGUCAAUUGGGCCGACUUAGCAUGCCAAUAAAGAACAACAUAUGCACAUAUAAGAUGAAGACAUUUUUGAGAUAACUAAAAUAUGACUAAGACUUAUCAGUAUUAUCGUCCAAAAGACUAACACGAAAAUAAAAAGGGCCGCCAAAAACAACACUGGCUGGAGGUCAAAAUGUCUUUUGAUGGCCAAAAUAAAACCGACUUACCGCGAUCAGCCAUCUUUGCUGUUUACAUUCGCUUGGAACACUGAGGUCGCAACUGGUACCGUCCGAGCGGGAUAAGUCCGACUUCCCACACUUCCCUCGAAUGCGGCGUGAGCAGGAGUGGCCGAAGCACUCCUCUCUAUUGUGGUCGUGUUACGCAUGUUAAAAAAAUAGUCCUGCAUAAUGAAAUGAAUUACAACACAUUGGUGUGACACUGUUUUGGUCGUGUGGGUGUUUUAGAACAAGGAUCUGCAGUUUGAAUUUAUUUGACUAAGUUGGAUCUGUUCGUAGAUCUUUAUCGUUUUUAAUGGCAUGCUGAGUUGGCCCCAUUGACACGUGCUAGCUUAGCCACUCCGGAGCCCUGAAACUAGGAAAUAACUUUCAAGCUGCAUGGAAUUUGUUGAAAUCAACUCUAACAACUAAUUAAACCCCACUAACUCUACGAUUACGCCUAAUGUAAAAAAUUCUGAACUGCCAUUUUAAUUCCACUUUUGCGUUAUGAACGUAGACGUUCAUACGUGUAUGACAUUUAACUUAAGGCAUUCCUUGAGUUGACAUUUCAACAUUAUAUCUGACCAAAUAUACACGUACAAUUGUUCACGCGCUGUUUUUUUAAAAAAUUAAUUUUUUAAUCUAAAUUUACUCCAGACUUCAUAAUGAUAUUGGCGGGGCUUGCAUUGUUACAGUCAAACAACCUUUUUUCGUUGAAAAUUCUUGUGAAUAAAUGCUUAAAUCCCCGAUUUCUUUAUAGAUAUGGACCCAAAACAGUCUCAACUCUUGGUUAAAAGCGAAAAAAACAUGCAGUAAGCAUUUAUUUUACAUAAAUACUAGUAUGUCGAAGUACGAUGCUAGUCUGUUAGUCAAUGUGGCGGCCGCCUUAUGUAAACAGAGCUUUUCCGGUGAAACUUCUUGUGAAUAAAUGCUUAAAUCCCCAAAUUCUUUAUAGAUAUGGACACAAAACAGUCUCAAAUCUUGGUUAAAAGCGAAAGAACAAAAACAUGCAUUUAGCAUUUAUUUUACAUAAAUAUGUCGAAGUACGAUGCUAGUCUGUUAGUCAAUGUGGCGGCCGCCUUAUGUAAGCUUUUCUGGUGAAAAUACUUGUGAAUAAGUGCUUAAAUCCCUGAAUUCUUUAUAGAUAUGGACGUAAAACAGUCUCGAUUCUUUGUUAAAAGAGCAAAAAACCGGGCAGUUAGCAUUUAUUUUCCGUAAAUAUGUCGAAGAAUGAUGCUAGUCUGUUAGUCAAUGUGGCGGCAGCCUUACAAAAAAGAGCUUUUUACAUUGAAAAUUGUUGUGAAAAAAACGAAAAAUAUAAUAAUUACCUUGAACCCACGAACGAAUCACUCCUGAGACAAUCCUUCCUGUUUGUAUGCGGUACAGCUUUUGUACUUUUUCAACCUAAAUCCGGCGUUGGAUCGCUGCAUGUGUCGCUGCGAAUAACUGCAGCGGAUUGUGGGAUAGCCCCCUACUUGAAGGCGUGGCGCACUGUAGGUUGAAUCUGACCCGUCAAUAUCAUAACAAGUCUAUGAUUUACUUAGAAUUUGUAAUUUGAAGAUGUGAGCUUUUCAAUUCAGAUGCCAGAGUAACCAGGAGCGCUAAUAAUCUCCGGUAACAUGCCUUAAUUAUGCUGUGCCUUUACUUUCUCCCUAAAUUAAAAAACUGACAUUCACAGUAAAAAGAUAGUAAAGCAAGGCAAAUAUACAAAUUUAUUUAUUCGCAAGUCACAUCUGUAUAAUACAAUCACAAAUGACCACAAAGUAUUUAAAAAGUUAAGCAUGUCACUGAUAAGAUUGCACUUUUUUUAAUACUGUUGGAUUUUAGGCCUUGGUUACCCUUUUAACAAAUUAGUUCUCCUUUUGUAUUAUUGUUUAAUAAUGUAGCAACAUCUUAAAGGGCUUGUAGUUGGCUGAAAUGCUUUAAGCAUAAACACCAAGCUUGUUAACAAAGUUUUCACUGUAAAUGUACAUUUUUAAUUGUAUUAAAAUUAUCAAAAAAAAGAGAGGUUUAAGUGAAGUGAGAGUAAAAAGCAUGUUCAAAAUGAUGAUCAUUUGUUUUCUUGUUCUUCUCUAUGAAACCAUAUUCACUAAUUGUAUGAUAUUGUUGUGGUCUGUCAAAGUCAUUAUAUUUAGAGUGAUCUUUUGCGAAGAUGUUAUUGUUGAGAGGACUUUGAACCAUAGGCGGAGUUUGAAAUCUGUGGCGUGGGGGCAAAACAUAUUUAUUGAUGGCACUGAAACAGUGUUUAUAAUCACAACCGUACAAUUAACGUUUUUAGUAAGGUUGUUCCGAUCGUGUUUUUUUGCUCCCUACCCGAUCCCGAUCGUUUUAGUUUGAGUAUCUGCCGAUCCCGAUAUUUCCCGAUCGGAUUGCUUUUUUUUUUUUUUUGCUCCCGAUUCAAUUCCAAUCAUUCCCGAUACUUUUUCCCGAUCUUAUACAUUUUGGCAAUGCAUUAAGAAAAAAAUGAAUAAAACUCGGACGAAUAUAUACAUUCAACAUAUAGUGCAUAAGUACUGUAUUUGUUUAUUAUGACAAUAAAUCCUCAAGAUGGCAUUUACAUCAUUAACAUUGUUUCUGUGAGAGGGAUCCACGGAUAGAAAGACUUGUAAUUCUUUAAGGAUAAAUGUGACUUUGUAUAUUGUGACUAAAUAUUCCCAUCUAGUGUAUUUGUUGAGCUUUCAGUAAAUGAUACUGUAGCCAUUUAACUGUUCUGCCCAAAUGCAUGAUGGGAAGUGCAACCAUGACUGCGUAGUGGCACCAAUUGAUAUAUCUUCUCUGCGUUGGGAAACUACCUUGAUUCCCCACAUUGCUUCCCACGAUAUUUCUAAUUGAUGAAAGAGGGAUUGUAAGGCUUUAGCCAAUUAAAAAAAGGCUCCAAAGACUGCCAAAAUUCACUCUACUCAUAUUACGCUGCCUUUUAGCUCUACAUAUAGGUAAAAAGGCGCCAUUAUAGAUUGAACGCGACAACGCGUGAGUAGGACGUGCAGCGCAUGCGUUAAUUGCGUUAAAUAUUUUAACGUGAUUAAUUUUUUAAAAAUUAAUUACCGCCGUUAACGCAAUAAAUUUGAUAGCCCUACUUUAAGACAAAACUAAAGACUGGAUGAGUGUAAGACAUUUUGUCUGUAACGUUAAAUACAAUUAGAAAACGAUUUAAUAAAAAAAUAUAUAUAUAUAUAUUUAAAAAAGGCAUGUCCGAUAUUUUUUUGCCGAUUCCGAUACUUUGAAAAUGACGUGAUCGGACCCGAUCAGUCGGCAUCUUUAGUUUUUAGUGGGGCAAACUGAAACUCCGCUCAUCAUUUUGGUGGUGCUUUCUUCCGUUUCAUGAUCCAAAUCCUUAAUCCCUGGUUCUCGCUCAGUUGCUGUCACUUUUGAAAGCUUAGGUUUGAAAAAAUUACGUAUAUCCAUCUUGCCCCUUCUGCCUCAGGUGAGUAAGGUGCUGGUCACAUGAUCAGUUCGAAAAAUAUUUGACCCACUAUGUAAGAAAUUGUUCAUUCAUUUUUAAAAAAAUUUUCUUAUUGCUUUUAUACUUUCAUAGAGAACAUUUUACCGGCAAAGUCUUAAUUUUAAAUUCAGAAACA